GUUCCUCUUGUAUAUACGUAUUUGUUUAAGUGAUUAAUAAUAAUUGUGCACAUAAUAAUAUUAGAACUUCGAUACUAUUACGUACUAGGUACCUAUAUAUCGUUGUUACUGGAUGCGCGAGUGCAGUGGCAUUUAUUGGUCUUAUAAAUUGAACAAUGGAUCUAGAAAUCGGUGAAAUAAAUGGCACUAAAAUAAAAGCUAAUGUCACAUUGUUUACGGACCUCAGUUAUAAAAUAAAAGCACGAUCCUGGUUUAAAAGAACAAAAGAGCCCCAAGCCCGGGAACAGAUAAUUCUCAAUGGAGCGUGCGGAGCCAUUCGCCCGGGACGACUUACAUUCAUAUUGGGGCCUUCGGGAGCUGGCAAAACGUCCUUGAUGAGAAUUCUUGCUGGAAGGAAAAAAACAGGUGUAUCUGGUUCAGUGUUAGGUGCUGGUCGUGACGUAGUGUUGGUAGCUCAGCAUGCUACUCUUAUAGACACGCUCACAGUUAAGGAGACCUUGCAGUUCGCAGCAUCCUUGAAACUACCCAACGCUUCGCGUAAUGAAAGGAAUCACACUAUUGAAUCAGUAUCCAAGCAAUUAGGCAUCAAUGAAGUAUUCAACACAAGAACCGGCGCUCUUUCGGGCGGAGAGAGAAAACGAUUGACCAUCGCUUGCGAACUACUGACUGACCCAACUAUCAUGCUUUUGGAUGAACCCACCAGUGGUCUAGACUCCGUAUCAUCAAUGUCUGUAGCCCAAGCACUACGAUCAGUGGCCAACAGUGGCCGAACAGUUGCCUGUGUGAUCCACCAACCGUCUUCACAGUUAUUCACUUCCGCUGAUGACGUCAUCCUGUUGGCCAAUGGGAGAACGAUUUACGCGGGCGCCAUAUCCGAUUUGCCGGAGACGUUGAAGAAAUCUGGAUUCGUAUGUCCACACUACUACAAUAUGGCGGAUUACCUUCUAGAAAUAGCAACCGGCGAACACACAGGAAACUUAGCUCUCCUAGAGAAAGAAGCAAAAACAUAUGCGUCAGAAAUGAGAAAACUUACUGAGGGAACUAUCCAACAAAAACAUGAAAAAGUUAAUUCACCAGAAGCAGAGGCUUUAUUGAAACCGAAUACGCCAUUCGAAAUGAAGGGUUAUGCAGCGGGAUACAGACAACAGAUGAGGUCCCUUCUAUGGAGAGGGUUUCUAGGAGCUUUAAGGGAUGUACAUCUGACACAGAUUCGAGUUGUUACACAUUUCAUUGUCGCUUUACUGCUUGGUGCGUUAUACCAAGGCGCGGGACAAGAUGGCGGCAGAACAAUCUCCAACACUGGUUGUCUAUUCUUCUUCUUACUCUUCCUGUAUUUCUCGAAUGCAAUGCCAACGAUACAUACUUUCCCUGUGGAAGCAACAGUGGUGAUACAGGAACAUUUAAACAAAUGGUAUUAUUUGUCUACGUACUGUGCAUCGAAAAUUAUAGUGGAUCUGCCUAUACAGUUAUUAUGUGCUUCAGUGUUCGUAUUCCCAGCGUGGUACUUCACAUCUCAGCCAAUGGAAAUGAACCGAUUGGCUCUAGCUUGGCUCAUUUGUACCCUAAUUACAAUAUUAGCGCAAACCUUUGGGCUAGUGGUCGGUGCCGCUUGUGGAGUCAAGCUUGGCCUCUUCGUAGUACCAGCCGCGAACAUUCCAAUGUUAAUGUUCUCAGAAUUCUUCAUCCCCUACAAAGAGAUGCCAUCUUAUCUCCAACCGUUUGCGCUCAUAUCGUACUUCCGUUACGCCUUCGACGCAUUCCUGCAAACCGUGUACGGAUUUGGUCGAGAAAAGUUACCAUGUUACAAAAUUCUCUGCCUAUUUAAAGACCCCAAAUAUUAUCUGGAAUAUUUGGGCCUAUCUGGAAACUACGUUAACGAUACUAUGGCUCUAGUGAUAUGGAUAUCACUAUUGAAAAUAUCGUUAAUAUGCAUCCUAAGAUAUAGAGUGCACAAAGCAUGUAAAUAACAGGUAGGUACCUAUAACCCGGAUCAAUCAAACAUGCAAUUAUCAAAACAAUUGAUAGAUAGGUACUUACUAAGUAAGUUUUAUUAGGAGGAGACAUGGUAAUUGUGUUAAGAUUACAUAGAUAUUUGAAAUGCUCUCAGUAUUUGGUUGCUGCAAUCGAAGGAUAGGGUAGGGACAAAAUAAACAUUUUAAUAUAAUAUGCAUAAUUCUCGUACAAGUCAAUAUCGGUGAUUGUUAUUUGUAGCGUUAAGUCUAUAAUCUCUACAAUUAUAUUUUAACAAAGGGUAAAUCUGUGAUAAUUAACUGUUAAGAAUAUCAUAAUGCACUACCAUAAAAUGUAUUUCAUAGUU